AUGGCCGCUGCGGAGAGCACCGUGACGCUGUCCAUGGACGAGGUGGCCAAGCACAACACGAAGGAGGACUGCUGGGUGGUGCUGUACGGCAAGGCCUACGACCUGGGGAAAUUCGCCAAGGUGCAUCCCGGGGGGGCGAAGCUGAUCUUCGACUGCGCCGGGAAGGAUGCGACCGCCGUGUUCGACCCCAUCCACCCCAAGGACAUCAUGCAGAAGCUGCUGAAACCCGCCCUCACCAUGGGCGUCGUGGACCCGACCACCAUCCGGGAGGAGCACAAGGCGAAGCCGCCGGAGAAGGCGGCUCCCGCCCCGAAGAGGGCGGCGCCGGCGGUCGCGGACGGCGAGGCGCAGAUCGUGGAGUUCGUGAAGCCGCCGCUCGCCGCGAUGCUGAACACGUUCGACUUCGAGUCGGUCGCCCGGGAGGUCAUGGAGUCGCAGGCCUGGGGCUACUACUCCAGCGGCGGUGAUGACGAGAUCACCCUCCGCGACAACCACAUGGCUUUCCAGCGCGUCACGAUGCGGCCGCGCAUCCUCGUGAACGUGUCGGAGAUCGACCUUACCACCAGCUUCCUGGGCGUGUCGUCCGCGCUGCCGCUGUACUUCACCGCCACCGCCCUCGCGAAGCUGGCCCACCAGGACGGCGAGGUGGCCAUCGUGAAGGCCGCUAAGAAGGCUGGCGUCCCGUACAUGCUGCCCACCCUCAGCUCUUACACCUUGGACGAGAUGUUGGACGCGCGCGCGCCCGGCCAGGAGCUCUUCUCGCAGCUGUACGUGAACCCGGAGCGCUCCCGGACGCAGGAGUACGUGGAGAAACUCGAGAAGAAUGGCGUUCGCGCCCUCUUCGUCACCGUGGACGCGCCACAGCUCGGGCGGCGCGAGAAGGACAUGCGCAACAAGUUCACCCAGCAGGGCUCCGACGUGCAGGGGGAUGACGAGGCGGAGGGCGAGGUGGACCGCUCGCAGGGCGCCACCCGGGCGAUCAGCAGCUUCAUCGACCCCAGCCUCAACUGGGAGGACGUGCCCUGGCUGCAGUCCAUCACCAAGAUGAAGGUGCUCCUCAAGGGCGUGCAGUGCGGCGAGGAUGCAGUGCAGGCGUACAAGGCCGGCCUCGCCGGGUGCGUGCUCUCGAACCACGGCGGCAGGCAGUUGGACACCUGCCGCUCGGGGAUCGAGGUACUGCCCGAGGUCAUGGAGGCCCUGCAGGCGGCGGGCUACAAGAAGGAGGACUUCACCGUCUUCAUCGACGGCGGCAUCCGGCGGGGCGCGGACAUCUUCAAGGCCGUGGCCCUCGGCGCGGCCGCCUGCGGCAUCGGCCGCCCGGUGCUCUACUCCCUCGCUUCCUACGGCGAGAAGGGCAUCGUGCGCAUGGUGCACAUGCUGCAGGACGAGCUGCAGAUGGUGAUGCGCCUCAGCGGCACCGCGAGCAUCCCGAGCAUCACGCCCAACCACGUCAUUACCAGGAACCUAGCCGACCACGUCGUCCCGCUGCCGCAGGACAACCUGGUACAGGGCACGUACAUGCCGCUCAUGCCGGCGGCGAGGCUGUGA